AUUAACUUGAACGAUAUCUUAUCAUAUUCCCAAAGCCUCUCUAAAUUAGAUCUCUCAGGCAACCAUGUUUCAACAAUAAACAAGAUUUCAGUUUCAAAUCCCCCUUCACAGGAGGUAGAUUCUUUGCGCUUAUCAGGUUGCGGUAUCACCGAGUUUCCAGCAGAGCUCCUAAGAACCCAACAUGGAAUGACGUUUCUAGACAUCUCCAACAACAAAAUCCAAGGUCAAGUUCCUGCCUGGUUAUGGACUCUACCAAAGUUGGAGUAUGUGAAUCUUUCCAACAACACUUUCAUCGGUUUCCAAACAUCAAACAAGAAACAAGGACUAUCCUCUGUCCGGAAACCAUCUAUGGUUCACUUGCUUGGCGCCAACAACAUCUUCACGGGAAAUAUUCCUUCUUUCAUAUGCGAGUUGCAUUCUCUAAACACUCUCGAUUUAUCUGAAAACAACUUUAACGGUUCAAUCCCUCCUUGUUUGGGAAAUCUCAAGAGUACUCUUUCAGAUCUAAACCUUCGGCAGAAUAAUCUAAGUGGAGGUCUUCCAAAGGAUAUAUUUGAAAGACUAAGGUCGUUUGACGUCGGUCAUAACCAACUUGUGGGAAAGCUUCCAAGAUCUUUCAUCCGUUUCUCUACUCUUGAGGUUUUGAACGUGGAAAGCAACAGAAUCAACGACACGUUUCCAUUCUGGUUGGGUUCUCUACAAAAGCUGCAAGUUCUUGUCCUUCGCUCCAAUGCAUUUUAUGGACCAAUACAUCAAGCCUCGUUCCCUCAGUUGCGAAUCAUCGACAUAUCACAUAAUCACUUCGAUGGAACUUUGCCAUCAGAUUACUUUUCGAAGUGGACUGCUAUGUCAUCACUUGGGACCGACGAAGAUCAGUCUUCUGAAAAGUACAUGAGAGGUGGAUCAGGCUAUUACUAUGAUUCAUUGGUUUUGAUGAAUAAAGGUGUAGAGAUGGAGUUAGUACGUAUCUUAAAAAUCUUAACAGCAAUCGACUUUUCGGGAAACAAAUUUGAAGGACAAAUUCCAAAGUCCAUCGGUCUAUUGAAAGAGCUUCGUGUGCUUAACUUGGCAAACAAUGCAUUCACUGGCCGCAUCCCUUCAUCUAUGGGGAACCUGACAGUUCUCGAGUCGUUGGAUGUUUCCCAAAACAAGCUUUCAGGAGAAAUUCCACAAGAGCUAGGGGAGCUCUCGUUCCUUGCGUACAUGGACUUCUCUCAUAACAAGCUUUCAGGCCUAGUACCAGGGGGCACUCAGUUUCGGACGCAGCGUUGCUCUUCUUUCGAGGGAAACCUGGGACUUUUCGGCCUUUCUUUUGAUGAAAUUUGUAGAGAUGCUCACACGCCAGCCACAAAAGUAUAUGAAACGUCGGAAUCAGAGGAAGAAGACGAAGAGGUGAUUAGUUGGAUAGCAGCUGCAAUAGGAUUCAUACCUGGUGUUUUCUGUGGUUUGACGAUUGGAUACAUAAUGGUUUCCUACAAACCAAAGCGGUUCAUGAAUCCUUUCGGCCGAAACAAUCGUAGAAGGAGAAGCACUCCAACUCACUAGAGAGGUUAUCCAAGAUAACAACAAGAAUGAAGCGUGAAAGAGAUAAAGCUCAUACUAUCUGCAUUUUAUGUUUUGAUUACGUUUAAGAGCUCUCAUUGCUUCUCCAUUAUACAACAAGGAUGGAAGCUUGAGGUGCUUGACCAAAACUGGCAAAGAUCUCUCUUUCUCGAGUGUCUAGUUAAUAAUAACUUUCUUAGCGCAUUUUGCUUCUGAAUAAGUGAACCAGAAGAGCAUAUACAAUCUUUGGAGUGAUUUCAAUGUCAAACCUUUUUUACAAGAACAAUGGAAACGCAACCAUAUACCGGUUUUUCUGCAACACAUUACUGAAACUGAAGCAUACCAAGUCAAGGAUUAAGAACAAAGGAGGAAAGAGUAUUUCUUUAGAGUAACUCUCAAACUCGGAGUCAAAACCAUAUCCUUAUUCUUUAUUUUUUUCAGAUUUUGUUCAAAAGACAAGAAGUAGCUACGGUAGAGAAGCAUUGCAAACUCCAAAAGUUUGUACUUAAUUUGACAUACCAAGUGCUUAGAAACUUCAACU